GAGGAAUGGCCACCUGACCCAUCACAUGAAGACACAUGAAGCUGACCGGCCGUACAAGUGUCCUGUUUGUGGUAAAGGCUUCACUGAAGUGUGUUACCUGAAGGUACAUGAGCGCAACCACACUGGCGAGAAGCCGUACCAGUGUGAUAAGUGCGGUAAAUGUUUCACCAACUCUUCAUCAUUCCACAUCCAUCAGCGUGUACAUAGCAGCAAAGCUGUCAAAUGUGAUACGUGCGGUAAGGAAUUCCACUCCGGAAAAACUCUGACGCAGCACCAAGGAAUCCAUUCUGGUGUCCGACCAUACGUUUGUGACUUUUGUGGUAAAGGUUGUCUUACAUUGUCCCGAUUGAAUCGUCAUAAACGGACUCACUCUGGCGACAAGCCUCACAAGUGUACGAUGUGCGACAAAAGGUUCUUUGAUGCAAGUGACCUCAAACUCCAUCUUAGAAUUCACACUGGCGAGAAACCAUUUAAGUGCGAUGUAUGCAACAAAAAGUUUACUCUGAAGGAAUCCUUGAAUCGUCAUGUGGUCGUGCACAUAGAUGAUCGGCCACACAAAUGUAAUGAAUGUGGGAAAGGUUUUGCAACUCCGAGGCAGCUAACUAAGCACACCAACAUUCAUUUUGGGGCAAAGAAGUUCAUCUGUGAGCUGUGUGGGAAGUCGUUGACAUCCAAUGCCCUGAAGUCUCACAACCAGACCCAUGCGGGUACCGUACACAAAAGUGUGACAUCUGUGAAGCAUGUAUCGCGGUUCCUGGUACCUUCAGGUAAGUUCCAACAUUUUCUUCAUCCAGGGCCUCUUUAA